AUGUCGAAGAAUGACAUCGAUAUUGGUCGGGAUGGUCGGUGGAAUGGUCAAAGCUCGUUUUUUCGCUCGGUUUUUCCAGAGAAAACGGGCGGUGGGAUGGUCGGUGGUGGGGAUGAAUGGAUGGCUCGUCGAUCUCAACGUGUGGCUAGUAGGCGUAACCGAAUUUCAGUCGGAGGCCCUGAGCCUUCUCAUUCAGAUGCUAAUGAGGAUGAAAUGGACCCAUAUAUUUUGGCAGCUGUGAAUCAGGCAGUCUCUAAUUUACUGCCCAGCAUCGUGGCCCAAGUAGUCGAGGCAGCUCAGCAGAACUCUACCGGAGGACCCCCACCAAAGCCUCAAUCCUUCAUUUCGGCACCGACUCCCGUGGAUGCAGAAAAUUGGGUCUCACACAUACAGAAGAUUUUUGAGGUUUUGGGGUGUUCGGAACCGUAUAGGGUUAAGUUGGCGGUAUACAAAUUGGAAGGAGAUGCUCAAAGAUGGUGGGACGCGAUCAAGCAAGCUAAAGGAAAUGAAUACGUUGAUGCCCUUUCAUGGAUGGGGUCCCGUGAGGUGUUCUAUCAGCAGUAUUUCUCAGCUGCGGAUAAGAACACAUUUGUGAGAGAGUAUGCCACAAUUCGCCAACGAGAUGAUGAGUCUGUAACAGAGUAUUUGGCGGCAGAUGCUGUCAAGAAUAUUGAGAUGGAGCGGCAAGACUUUUUGGCAUCCAAACCAGAUGGGGGAAAGAAUAGAAGUCGAGAUGGGCAACAAAUUCAGCAGAUGGGGCAACAAAAUCAACAGCAAGGUGGUAACAGUGGGAAUCAGUGGGGACAUAAUAGUGGCAAGCGUCAGGGGCAGUGGCAAGGUCAAAAUCAGGGUCAGAGGCGCCAUCCUGGAAACGUGUGUUAUAAGGCUUCCGGAGCUUGCUUUUUGUGCGAUCAGGUGGGACAUUUGGCGAGAGAUUGCAAGAAAUCUUGUAGCACCGACAAAGGAAAUGACGCUAAGGCAACUAGUGGAGGUAGGGUGUUUGCCUUAUCAGCUAACCAGGCAGCAAAUUCAGUUAUGAUUUCAAGAAUUCUUUCGAUUGGCACACAUGAUGUUUAUGCUUUAAUUGAUACGGGGGCAACCCAUUCUAUGGUUUCUUUGAUUUUUGCUAAUCAUCUUAGAGUGCCUUGUACAUCGUUAGAAUCACCUUUAGUUAUUGCUACUCCUUUAGGUAAUUCGGUAGUUAUAUCUCGAGAAUUUAAAGGGUGUCCUUUAAAAGUAGGGGGUCAAAUUCGUGAGGUCGAUUUACUCCCUAUUAGCAUGAACGAUUUUGAUGUUAUUUUGGGUAUGGACUGGUUGUCAAAGCAUAGAGAAACAAUUGAGUGCCUAGCUAAGCAAGUAAUCUUCGGCGACAAAGAGAGGCCUGAUUUCGUAUAUCAAGGGUUUCAACCAAAAAGAGAAGUAAAGAUCAUAUCUGCCUUAAAAGCUCAAAAGUUAGUUUUCCAUGGAUGUCAGGGAUUUCUAGCGUUGGUUAAAGACACAUCGGUGGAAGAGCAUUCCCUUGAAAGUCAACCAGUGGUCAGAUAA